AUUCUGGCCAAGAUGGCGCCGAGCCCCAAGAACGACUGUGAGAUUUUAUUCCAGAGGAAGACCCAGCCAUUGUGUGUGUAAAAGAAGUCGGUUGGACCCACAGACUGAAACAUGACCUGCACUGUCUCUUGAUUCCAAUUCUCGUCUCCCUGCUGGUAUUUUGUGCCAGAGUUACGGCCACCAUGAUGAAACUUCACCGCCCUUUGUGUUCGGAUGUAACGUUAAGACUUGUCGUGGACAUUUCGCCCGACUACGACGAAGAUGACGAGCAAGACGAAACGGCGAAUGAAGCAAACGAUAACCCAACAGAGAGUGUGGACAACGACAACCAACGCAAGACCGAGUUCCCUGCCAACAAAAAUCUCAACUUCGCCAGAACAAACAAUAACCGAUUCCUGGAGGAGAACAGUGAGACCAGCCUCGACUUCAACCAGAACCGACAUCAACACAGCCGGGCACGGCCCCACAACCACAGCUGCAGCUGGUACUCACGACAAAACACCUCCGAUAAAACAGCUAAAGACAUCUACAACCACGAACACGUAUUCAGCGGGGAAGCCAAGGGGGACAACUUCCAAACGGUUCAUCUUGAUUCAGAGUUCAAACGUUGCGUGGAAGAAGAGGGCAACGAUUUUAAAGAAGCCUCGAUCUGCCAGCAGUACGACAACAUCUGGGAGGAGCCGAGCAUCAACUACCAGGACAUCAACAACCAAAACAAGGCGCGGUUACGUCAGUAUUCGGACGCGGAUUUAUCCAGCUGCCUGGAGGACACGCCGUGGUGUGAGAGCAGCAGACGACGGGCACACAAGUCUUCAGACGAUGACAACAGCGAGAGCACGCUGUACGGCGGGGCAGACGGCGACUUGCCGUCCAAGAGACGCUGUGUGGAAGAUGCCCGGUCGCUGGGCAGCGAGGAGAGGGCAGAGACUGGGGACGAGGAGUCCCUGGACGACAGUCUGGACAACAUCGAGGACGUCGUGCUGCCAGAGGCACCGGAAGAGCUGCCGGUGGACUGCGACGAAGAUGUGGAUGUCUUUGAGAAACAGAUGGACCAGUCUUUGAUCACGUCCUUCUAUGGCGAGAUCAGCAACGACGAGCUAGGGAGGAGCAUGAUACAGUCAAUACAUGCACACUGCCGAAGAGGUGACGUCAUAGCAGACGAGAUGACGAAAUCAAUAGCCGAGGAGAUUCACGACGUCAUCCUAGGGGACGGGGCGGAGAAGGCAGACGUCGAUGCCCACGAGAAACAACUUCCGUUCCCGUACCCUUUCACCCUUAAGCAUGCGGGUCAUCUCUUUGACAAGCCGCGGUACCAUCUGGCUACCACAAUCAGCAGGUCAAGAACGUCCUCCCGAUCGACCUAUGACGACACCUGUAGCGAGGUAUCCCGUUCAUCUUCCACUACCUGUACAGUCAAACAACACCUGAGUAGCUUUACACCUGAGUACAGCAGAGCAACCACCCCAAUCCCCUCCCCAAAGAAAAACACAAAAGUGGUUUCAACCAAAGAACUUGAGGUAACACACCGGGGUCUGCACAGGUUUAUACCACGUCACAAGGACGAGAUGAACAUUGGCAUUGGUGACCCCAUCCACGUCAUUAAAGAGUUCGAUGACCUGUGGUGUGAAGGUAUCAACUUACGGACGGGCGAGAAAGGAAUAUUUCCAGCCAUGUACGCUAACGACUUGAACUUCCUCGAGGAGUCAGACGAUGAAGAAGAAUAUUGGAAAUUUAGCAUGAGAUUCCUAGGUUCUAUAGAGGUGACGUCACACAAAGGGGACGAAACCCUAGUACAUGCCAUCAACAAGGUCGCCAGUCUACAGAAAGAUAAACUUAACUCUGCUUCCCUCAGUACACUGGAGAUAAACCAGUACGGUAUCAGGAUGAUAGAUAAAAGUAAAGAAGGGCAUGAAAAAGACGCAUUUUCCCAUUUCUUCGCUCUAAAGAAUAUAUCAUUCUGUGGUACUCACCCGAAAAACAACAGGUAUUUUGCUUUUAUAACCAAACACCCACGUGACUAUAAAUUUGCAUGUCACGUGUUCUAUGGCGACAGACCAACACACAGGGCAAGGGAUGCGUUGGGAGAAGCUUUCAAGCGAUUUUACCAAGAAUACAUGGCAUUCACCCACCCGACAGAGGACAUAUACAUGGAAUAAAACUGUUUGUCUAUUGGCACGGCUGCGGGUCGUCACGACACCUCGUGCUACCCGCACGGAGUCUUCAACAGCAAUACUGCGGUGUAGAACUGGAACAGUAUCAAAAUACAUGGCAAUUUGAACUCGUCUCUAUAACAUUACAUUUGGCUAAAUUUGAAAACUUUUUAACCACGAUUGGAACAUUCAGAGAGCUCAAAAAAAAAAUACUGACCAUUCUAAAAUUUAUUGCAAAGACCAGACGAGACAGCAGUGUUCAUAUAGAUACAUGACUAGUCCCAUUCAUAUCAUGAUGGUAUUGUACGAGUGAUAGCAGGUCUGACAGUUGGGGCACGGGUGCGGUAAUCGAAUCCGUUUAUGAGCAGUUGAACUAAGUAGCCAAAACAAAACAGCAUGCCAUUACAGCGUUUUACAAUUUUUACUACACG